CCGAGCCAUAUCUUUCACAACAUCGAUUUCCGCAGGAUGGGUCUCCGACGCUACCGCCGGACGCUGCAAGCCACGACGCUACUCGGCACGGUGGGCGGCGUCGUCGUCGCCUACUACGGCAUCACGCUCAGCGCGCUCGUGCAGGCGGCGGCGCCGGGCGGCGCGAGGCUCGCCGUCGCGGCCAUCGCGCUCGCCACGAUCGGAUGCCUCUACUCGUGCGCGAGCAUGCUUGGCUUUUGCGGCUCGACGGCCAAGCACGAGCGUAUCCGGUGCCUCAUGGUCUACUUUUACGCGACGAUCAUCGUGAGCGUCCUCCUCGUGCUCUUCACGUACAUGGCCCUCGCCGCGCCGUCGGCAAUCGCCAACUGGCUGCGACUGCACUGGUCGGUGCUCGGGCUCGAAGGCCACGCGUGCUGCCAAACCUACGACGGUGCCAUUACAUACCUGAGCCAUCGGUUCACAACGCUCGGUGGACUCGCAGCGGCCUCGAUCGCUUGCAUGUUUGUCUCGCUCUACUGCGUCAUCAAGAUCGUGACCGUACCCAUCGUCAUGCGCGACAUCCUCUCCGUGAUCAACGUCAUCUUCGUCUUCCUUGGCCUCGCCACCUUUGGCUACGGACUCUACAUGAUGGCCCACGAGGCGCUCGACGCUGGCGAGGACUGGAUCGCGUCCAUCUUUACAGCCAUUGGCGUGGCUGUGUUCGUGCUCGCCACGCUCGGGCUCGUCGGCGCCAAGGCGAAAAGCCGGUCGCUCCUUCUUGCUUACGCGGUCGGCGUCGUGCUCUGUCUUGCGGUGCUGCUCGCAAGCGCGAUCUUGGCCUUUGUCGCCGCGUCGCACCUCGCCACGUCGUAUGAGCUCACCCACGACGCCGGUGACAUUGCGUGUACCGCCCGGCUUUACGGCUGCUCCAACUGCACCGGGGACGUCAUGUGCCUUGGCGCCCAGCGACGUCGCCCGACCUUGGACGUGUGGCAAGCAUGCAAUGCGUCGAGCUCGGCGCCGUGUCUGCGCUUCACGACGGUGCUCUUCCCGAUGCCGUCGCAGGUGUCGGUGCCGUCGCCCUUGUACAACCAAAUGGCCCCGUGCGGGCACUGCCCCGAGUGGCCAUCGACCGAAGUUGCGUCCUACAUGCAACGCAGCCUCGAGUUGCUUGGGAUUCUGUGUUUGGUCAACUGGCUGUUUCUAGUCAUUGCGCUUGUCGCCGCGCUUAUCCUCCGACGCAGCCUCGAGGGGUACCAGACCGAGUCCAUCUAAAUAUCAAGAGUACUAUGAUGACAAUAUGUGCA